AUUAUUGGAUCUCAACUUUGCCUUGGCCCACAUGGACAGAAAAAAUGACUCAGUUAACAGGGAACGCAAGAAAACCAUGACGAUGAUGGCAAUGAGAACAUCACCAAACAAAAGGUUUAAUGAGCAAAACGGUUGCUGUGCACAUGGGUUAUAAAUCUUUGUACAUUUCUUUGCUGUCCUCUGCAAAACAAGAAUGUGAAAUGACCAAGUUCUGUGUAGUCUGAGGAAUGCUGACACUGGCAGCUAAGUUUUUGUAUGUGCAUUUAGAAUUGAACACUGCCAUUGCAUAGUUAGCCACCUUUUGAGAGCCAUUGGCAAACUGAACAGAUCUAACAAUUGCAAAUUUUUUAGGUAAAAUAUAAAUUCACUUUUGAAUAGGCAUCGUCCUCGCCUUCACCAUCGUCAUUGCUUAACUUCCCUUAUAAUCCAUAUCAGGACUUCACACCAGGUAAAUAACAACUGUAGUAAGUUCUGCAGUACGUCAUGUUUCUUGAGUGUCAAUAACCAUUGUCAACUAUGUUUUCCCUAUGAUGUAGUUCCAAUGUCUGGCCCAGAGAGUGGAAGUUUUUACAGGCCACAAAUUGACCAAGCCAAUCUAAAGGUUGGAAAGCCUCUUCAGAAUCGCCCAAUAGCUCCAGCUUCUGGUUCACUUGCUGGAAUGCUUCCUAGUCAUCUGGCACCGAGUCUUGUAGCAAAUAGCAUGCAAGGCUUUAGUGCAGGCCAUCCUCUUAUAGCUUCAAUGAUGAGGUUUCCGCCACCUGCAUUCUCUCAUGUUCCUGCAGGGGCUGCCGCUGGUGCACUUGCUGGGGUGACACCCAGGAAUACUUCUUUACGCAACCCAGCAAUGCCCCCUACUGUUAAACCUGCAGGACUAACCAGUCAAGCUCAUGGCAGUGGAGGUCAAUCACAAGCACAUGCACCUGUGACAACAAGCUCUUCAUGUCCGUCUUCUUCUGGGACAUCUACUUCUCAUGUGGCUACCGUAGCAGUAGCUACAUCCAUGCAUCAGCCAGGAACAGAACACAAGGCUGGUGAAAUGCGUGAGCCGAGACCAAAUUUGAUGUCUGAUUUGGCAAGGAGAGGGGCAUCACCAACUGUCCAGCCUUUAGCUGCAACCCACCCUCCUGCUUCUGUCAGCAACAAAGUCAUUUCCAUUGUGCCAUCAGCUUCUCUUCCUCAAAGNCAAUACUUUCAAGUACGUGUAAAUGCUGUGUUUUUUUUUUGUUUUGUUUUUUUUUCAUUUGCAGUUGUUGGAAAUGAAAGUCGAAUGGACAGAGCACAUCAAGCAAUACCACAGUUUCCAUAUCACCCUGGAAUGGCUGGCAUGGCAGGAAUGGCUGGUCUGUUUUAUCAGGAUGCAUUAGUACACCCAGGUCUUCAUGCACAGUACCACCCACCAGCCUUUGGUCCAAUGCAGUCUCUUGCUAGGUCGCAGAGUGUUGCUACCUCGGCAGCAGCAGCAGCUGCAGCUCAAGUCGCAGCGGCAGCGGCAGCUGGAGUAAAUCCCAUGCAGAUAAUGGAUCACCCAAGACUCAUUUUUCAGCCUUCAGCCGCUGCACUAGGUGUGGGAGGUAUGUUUUGGUGUGAAAACAGAUACUUUCAAAACUCACUAUUAUGGUCGUGGCCUGACGUUGUUUGUUCUUUUGUAAGGUUACGCAAACCUCCAAGCCAACUGCCAUUCACUGCUGAGAUGCUAGUCACCACUCAGACUGAAGCGGCAGCCAGUCCCAGAUCCGACAGUACACUAUCAGCGCCACACUCGACACAAAAUUCUCCAAAGCCUGCAAGUGAUUCUGGAAGUCAGUCGAACGAGCCUGCUGCAGUCACAACGACCAGCGUCACUACAGCAGAACCACCAGCUGUCAGUCAAUCUGCGCCGGUGUCACCGAACAAAAUCAAGAGAGAACCUUCCAGCGAGGCGGCGCCCACGUCGAGCGUAACCACCAGUGCUGUGAUGAAUGGAAACGCUUCAUCGGCCCCUGCUGCGCCUUUGCUUGCCAACGUCACCACGACGAGCAGUGAUGCGGCCUCGCCAAGAAAGAAACCACGGAAGCAGAAUAUGGUCGCCACAGAAGACAAGUAUGGCAGUAAUGUCAACAUGGAACCCGAUUCGCCGACAGACGAAGAUAAGAAAGCGAAACAAGAUGAAGCAGACGAGGAUUUGAAGUUCAUAUUACGGAAAAGACCGAAGAUCUCCAUCGUUGCUAACUACAAGAUAAAUACAAAGGCGGCUCAUAAUCAUUUCCAGCGGUAUUCUGAUGUCAAGGUCAAAGAGGAGAGAAAGCCCUCAAUACAAGAGAUAGCCAGUCAGAAGGGAAUUGUACAGAGAGCAAACGGCUGGCGGGUCCAACACAUUGCCGGGCAAGUGGAUGAGCUGAUCUCUGCUGAACAAGAAGUGCUGAAAAAGAUGGGAGAACUCAGAGAGAAAAUCCCGAAGGUUAAACCUGGACAGAAAACAAAAUUCCAGGAUGAUUUAGUGAUGUUAAACGAACUUCUUCAGGGUAAUAUUCAAAGAUCACAGCUGGUUGUUGAGCAGCUUGGAGACUCAAGAAAAUCUAUGGUCAAAGUAAGAAGAAACGUCUUUACUUUCCUGAGUAUCAUUUCUGUUGUUUAUCGUGCUAUUUCUAAUGCCAUCAGCGGGGAAGGAUUAGAUAAGGAUGUUUCAGAAGUUCAGUCCUAAAUCGACGGUAUUGAACAUAUCAGAGAAAACAACGUAUCUAAUUGGUUGUUUUUUGCGCGGGAUUAUUCAAAACUCAGCAACAACCAAUCACAGACACGACGAGAAUUACCUCAUCAGAACGGAAUGUUUGACUCGUUCCCAGACUUUCGAGCGCAGAAAUUUUUUUUGAGCGCGCGAGAAGAGACACUGUCUAGAAUACUGUUGAUUACCGUUCAUAAAUGAAGACUUGGUCUCGAAACUACAGUGGAACCCUGUUAAUCCGGUCACCAACGGGCCACAAAAAUCUGGCCGCAUUAACGGGGUG